AACAAAUCAAAUGCUUUAUUCAACUAAUUUACAGUUUUUCAAAAAAAGUUUAGCAAAAUACUAUUCAAAUUAAAUUAAGGUAAAUUUAAAUGUAUAAUUAGAUCACGAGGGUAUUUUAAUUAAGAUUUUAUUAAAUUACUUAUGGAUCUUUUCAUCCAUAUUUACUUUUAACAUAAAGUUUUCAUCUUCUAUCUUCUUCAUUGAGCAAUCAAGUAAUAGCUUUUAUUUUAUGGUAAAUAAUUUCGAUUGUUACUUAUCAAAUUUAUAAAUACAUUUAAUCUACGCUUAAAUUAUUUUUAUAGUCUUAUUAAUGCUGCUACAAUUCUAUUUUAUACUGAUCAUUUCAUUCAUUUAUUUUCAAUUAUCAUCAUAAUAAAUGGAGAGGAGUAUAAUUUCAAACACCCUACUUUGCUUAUAUGUUUUUAAUUAUGGAGGAUUAAUUAAAUUGUUAUGCUCUAAGUUGUCUGUUAGAUCAAUAUCAAAUAUUUAUUACAUUUAAGGAGAUGUUUCAUUAUUAUUUGAUAGUUAGGAACAUUAUAUUUGGAUUUAUUUUCUUAUUAUACCACUAUUGGUGAUUUUUUGUUGUAUUAUUCCUCUUUCAUUAUUUUUAUUGAUGUUUCGAAAUAGAUUUCGUCUAGACAUGCUAAAGUUCCGAAAACAUAUCUGUUAUUUAUUUAAUGAAUACAAUGAAAAAAGUUAUUUUUGGGAAUAGAUUAAGUUGAUCCAAAAGACAUGUAUUAUACUAGUAAUUACUAAUUUUGAGAACAAUGUGCUAUUAAAGACAACUUUUUUAGGCAUAUGUGUAGAAAUAUAUUAAAUCUUAGCUAUCAAUAACAAACCUUAUAUUAUUUCAAAAUUUAAUAAUUUAGAUUUAAAAUCAGGGUAAAUUUGCUUAAUAGCUAUUUUUCUUGCAGCAAGUCAAUAUGAAAUUUAAGCCUUGUAAAACAACUUUUUUUCGAUGUUCCUUUAAGUCAUUUUGAUUUUAUUAUUAUUUCGACUGAGCUUUCCUUUUAUUAAAGACAUUUUAAGUAUUUAUUCCAAAAAAUAUUCAUUACCAAUUUUGACAAAAAUCCAUCCUUUAUUAAAAUAAUCAAAUAUUACUCUUUUUAAAAACAUUGGAAAGUAUUUGGAUUAAGAAUUUGAAAAAAGGAAAAAACUAUAAAUUAAUAUUAAAAAAAUGAAAUCGUCCUUAAAAUUUGAAAAUGGAAAGGAAGUCAAAACUUUUACCAAAAGACCAACUCUUAAAUCAAAUGCAAAUAGCAGGGCAUCUUUUAUUGAGAUCAAAAAUUAAUAAUAAUUUUGA